GAGUGCAUCUGGUGUCCUCUCAUACAUGUCCCAUCCAGGUAACAGACUCCCGAGCGAGGCGCUGCGAAGCGACUAUGAGAGCGCUAGCGAGGUCCAGCCUCGUGAACUCCAGAGAGAAAUGCUGAUAGAGCCUGUCGGCAUCGUGCAUGUGAACGAGACGCUCCACAGGCGUGAAGCCGGAAUGGAACGGUCCACAAAACAGGUGGAGAACACAAGUACUACGACCACACACCCUCUAUCCACUUCUGGCAGACCGACUCAUGCCGUCACCGACUCAGUUCUCAUAGCGGGUCGUCCACGCCAAAACAAAGCAUUUCUGACCAUAGGAAUCCCCACCGUCAAGCGGGACCAAGACGCGACGUAUCUGUUCGCUACUCUUGACUCGCUGAUAGAGCACACGGACGCGGAACAACACACUCAGAUCGUCAUCGUGGUGUUCCUAGCAGACUUCGAUACCCUGUACAACCGAAAUUUCUCCUCGGAAAUUUCUCGCAAGUAUUCGCAGCACCUCGAAAGCGGGUUCAUGCGAGUCAUCCAGGCUCCACGGACGUUUUACCCAACGUUAGAAGGGUUGAAAGUCAAGUUCAACGACAGCAAAGAACGCGUGCGAUGGCGAUCCAAACAGUGCGUCGACUUCGCCUUCCUGUUCCAGUACUGCCAGAACCUGUCCCAAUAUUACAUGCAGCUGGAAGACGACGUCGUUUCCGCCGAAAACUUCUUCUCGGGAAUACAGAGAUACUUGAACAGAAUGAAGUAUGAACACUGGACCAUGCUGGAGUUUUCUGAACUGGGGUUCAUCGGGAAGCUGUUCAGAUCCUCCGAUCUCCAGCUCCUGGCUGACUUUUUCCUGUUGUUCUACCAGGAGCUGCCUGCGGAUCUGCUGCUGCGCGCGUUCGUUCGCAUCACGCAGCCGUACGAGUGGAGAUUCCUGCACCGCCCGUCUCUGUUCCAGCACGUCGGAGUACACUCCUCUCUGGAUGGGAAAAUCCAGACCCUGCGGGACAGGGCUUUCGGUAAACCGAUCGCAGAUGGGAAAAAGGGCAAGGACCUUCUUGAAUGGAAAAAGAAAAUAGUUGAGCGCAUGCGUCAGGUUUAAGGACAAACGAAGUCCAUGCGGUGACUUCGGCAGCUCGAGAAUGACGUCAUCAGCCCGCGGGCAAAAAAUUGUAGUAAACUUUUAUCGGUUUCAAUGAAU